UCAAUUUGGUUGUUGGCGUUGUGGUUGGCCGUGCUUGUUGCUCCGUAGCGGCAGCACUGUGUGGGCCAUGUCAAGCUCACCUGUGCUUAUUGAAUAAAACAACAAGCAACCGUGGAGCAGGAAAUGUGUAUGUGUGUGUGUGCAAAGGCAAAACGCUAAUUAUUGAACUCCCGCUUUGGGCAGGAGAGGGGGACAACGGCAUGGCAGUACGUACGGCGGAUACACAAAGGCGGGCGUUCCGGGCCGUUCUGUAAAGUUCUAUUGGUUUACGAGCGAGACCUUCAGAUGCGUGACGCUUGAAGGGCAGCCGAGCAAAGGGACAGGAUGGGACGGCAAUGGCCUUGGACGUUUGUGUGUGUGUGCGAGUGGGAGUUGUGUCGAAAUUUCGUUGCUUCUUCUCACCAGGCAACAGUGAAAUUUCGCUUGCAACGGAAGAUUGUUAGAAGGCGAUGAUCGUUUGAAAUUCGCUGUGGCUUAUUUCAUCAUUUCCUUAUCUUUAAACUAAUUGCCAAUACAUGUUAUCAGUAAUGGAAGCCAGCUUAAGAAAGUGGUUUAGAAGGCUCCAGAAGAUUUUUCUUACUGGUUUAAGAAUUAUUUACUUUUUGUUUUGAUAAGUAUUUACGUUGUACUAAACUGAAUGCUAAUUUAAUUAUAAAAAAAUACAAAGUAGAACAAGUCUGAUUUGUUCUAGAUAAAGAAAGUACGUUCCAUUGUUCCUUGCACGAGUUUUGGAGUCACACGUCUCGAAAGUUUGUUUUCUUUUUUUACACGAGAGAAGAAAGAACACGUUGACUUUGUAGGUACAAACGCAAUCUCGAACCACAUGCUCUUGAGGUUUGCUUGGUUGUCCGAACGACAAAUUAAGGGCAUAUUACAAGCGACACUUCACAACCCCUCAAAUUUUCCAAUUUACAGCUUCCUUUCAUAAUACAUUCUGACCACUACUUAAGAAAUUAAUCGCUGAUCGGCGUCACAUAGCUACCGUGGCCUCAAUUAUGAUGACUAAAGAUGGACCACCACCGUACGGGUUUGUGCCGCCACAAUCGGCACCACCGAGCUAUGCGCAAGCCGUAGGAGGUGUUCCUCCGUCGAGCCCGUUCACACCGCAGCAACCGGUACUGACCGGAGCACAGAUCGUUACCACGGUCGUGCCGAUCGGGCCCCAGUCGACACACAUGAUAUGCCCCAGUUGCCAUGCAGAAGUGAAUACUAAGACGACAACAUCGCCAGGAAUGAUUGCCUAUGUGUCCGGGUUUCUGAUCGCAUUGUUCGGAUGCUGGUUAGGAUGCUGCCUAAUACCUUGCUGCAUUGACGAAUGUAUGGAUGUACAUCAUACGUGCCCACACUGUAAAGCAUAUUUGGGACGGCACAGGCGAUAAACCUGCGCGACAGCUAUAACAGAACUUACCCCGUCUGUGUGGGUCUGUAACAGAUGGUCUGAUAAUUGUUUGGCCUAUGAUAGUAAAACACAUUUUUUGGCUAACUUUUGUUUUCUCAAUUCAAAAUAUAUCGAUUCAAGAUAUACCAAUUAAAGUGAUUUUGUGACCCAACAACUCUUUGUUUUUGGUCCAAUGUGAGCUGGCAUAGAGCUUCUCAUAUCCAAAUAUUUGUGAACGAUAUAAGCAAAAUAUUAUUUUGAUAUCUUUCUGGAUCAACUUCACUUAACGGUUGUUUUUCAUUAAUUUGUGGAUUUUUUAUGUUUUCGUCGGUAUCUUCUAGUAGUACUAUCUAUGUGAUAGGCCGAACAAUAAUCAGCCCACCUGUUAGUUCAAUCCAUCGAUAAAUGUCGAAGGACAUUGCACUGCCCAGACGGAAGUAAACAAUGAACGAACGAAGAGAAAUUGUAUCGUAUGUGUGUGCUUAACAAUUCCAAAUCCAAUAUGCUUCAAAGGAGACUAUCGACUACUUGUGUUCUUGAAACUUGAGCUACUCUAUCAUCACUACCCAGUACUACGUGCAUGACGAAUUAGCACCGAUCUUCAGUGUUAGGGCAAAUGUAGGGCUAAUUGGGGCGUAAAAUUGAUUUUAGCAGCGGGCGGUGAAAAUACAUAAACGCGAUAAAGUCCAAAAAUCAAAAUUUUAUCGAUGCACUUCGAAUUCUCACAUUAAUAAUAUGUGUGUGUGUGUAACGAAAAGCUUAGAAUGUGGUUAACAUUAGCAUUGUAUGCAUACUAAAUUCUUCGUUAUUAUUCAUAAUUAUUACUACCGUUAUCAUUAAUUAUUAUGCACGACUUAACUUUACUGUAGUUCUCCACUUUUUGUUAAUGCUUCCGUUAGAUUCAAACGACAAAAAAGCGUUACAAAUCGUGUAAGUGGUUUGGUAAAUGGUUAUAUUGUUUACAGUUAUCUUUCUGCUUUGUACCGGGGAGUAAUUGAUCGUGUUGCGUGCAUCUAUUUUCUAUAUUAACACACAAUGUUCGGAAACAAGAGUUGGUUUAUGCUCUCGCCAAGGGUAUGUGCCAUGAGCGUUGGCCAUCGUUUUGAUUGCGAGGAUGAUAUUUUACGAAGGAUUGCUUUAAUGUUGAUCUGAGUUGAACCCUCCCGUAUACAUUUUAUAAAACGCUAGGUCAAAUUCAUCUAAUAAAUAAACCGAAAUGAUAUUCAUGUAAUAAA